CACAGCUCUGCCAUCCCAAUCCCCAUCUGUGUGAGCACGACUUGAUCGUGCGCACACGCAUUCAUCCCUCCAUCAUGAGCGAAUGGGCUGCCGUCGCAACGGCUGAUGGCAAGGUGUACUACUACAACAAAACCACCAAAGCGACCACCUGGGUGAAGCCAGAGGGCGUCCAUGUUGAGCCGCCUGCGCCGCCCACUGUGCCUAAAGGACCAGCUGGUAGCGCCGCCGACUGGGCAGAGGUGAAGACUCCAGAGGGCAGACCGUACUACUACAACAAAAUCACCAGGGAGGUCAGCUGGACUCUGCCUGAAGCUGUGCGCAAGCAGCAGGAACAGCAGCUGCAGCAACAGCAGCACCAACAGCAGAACGGCCGACCUGAUUUCGUAGCAGGUGGAGGCGGAGGCGGCUAUGGAGCACGCGAUGAACACCAUAGCGGACGCGGUAGACGCGAUGACCGUGACCACGGACUGCCCCAGAAGCCAUCGUUCGACCGCGGUGGAGACCGAGGCGAUCGCGGUGAUCGAGGCGCGAACCCAUGGGAGGCGCGGCGCGAGCAGGCGGGCUAUGGAGGGCCAAUGCCCAGCAAGACAGACGAACCAGAGUACGCUUCUGCCGAGGCGGCCGAAGAAGCUUUCUUCAAGCUGUUCAAGCGCAACAAUAUCGCACCGGAUACUCCGUGGCAGGAUGCCUUGCGCGUCGUCAUCCGCGACCGCGACUACCGCGCCAUCAAGGGUCCCAAAGAACGCAAAAAUGCCUACGAGAAGUACUGCGCCGAGAUGCGCGCCGAGCAAAAGAGCAAGGACAAGGAGCGGAAGGAGAAGGCGCGCGAAGACUUCCGUCGCAUGCUGUCCACCCACGACGAGAUCGAGCACUACACUCGUUGGAAGACUGCGCGGCCAACCAUUGAGCACGAGGCUGCAUUCAAGGGUGCCGGCGACGAAGACGAUCGCAGACGCAUAUUCGACGAGUACAUCCUCGAACUGAAGAAACAACAUGCUGAGAAUGAGGCAAAGCGGCGCAAAGACGCCGUGCAUGAGCUGGACAACAUGCUCAAGGUGCUCAUCAUUGAUCCCAACACGACUUGGGCGGAGGCGGAAGACAAGAUUGACAACAACGAGCGAUUUGUGUCGGACGAGACAUUGAAAGGCGUACACAAGCUCGACAUCUUUCUCGCUUUUGAGAGCCACAUGAAAGCGCUGGAGCGUGUGACCAACGACGCCACACAGAAGGAGAAGCACCUGAAGAAGCGCAAGCAGCGGCAAGCUCGCGAUGCGUACAAGCAGCUCCUGAAUGAGCAACUUCACGAGGGCAAUAUCAAAGCCGGCUCGAAGUGGUCGGACUUCUUUCCCCUGAUCGAGAAUGAUCAGCGCUUCCUCGAUUACCUUGCAGUUCCCGCGCGCCCGUAUCCCGGCGCCACAGCCUCCAGUGCAAAAGACCUGUUCUGGGAUAUCGUCGAAGAUGAGGAGCGUAAGCUUCGCUCGAAGCGGAAUGAUGCCCUCGACGUGCUCGAAGAGCAGCGAUUCGAGGUCACACUCGAGACUUCACGGAACGAAUUUGCAGAGAUAAUGCAUUCUCAUCCAAAAACAGCCAGUCUUACAGAGGAUGAAGUCAGCAUGAUCUUUGACAGGAUCCUGCAGAAGGUCCAGCGACGUGAAGAAGAGAAGCAGAUUGGCGUCGAGCGUCAACAGAAGGCGAUCAUCGACAGUCUUCGAUCGGCCAUGAAGAAAGUACACCCUCCUAUCCGCGCUGAAGAAAGCUAUGAUGAUGUUGUCGCGCGACUCUCAGGUAUUCGAGACUGGGACACGGCUGGGGAGGAAGUGCGGAAGCGAGCUUACGAGAAGUACAUGGCGCGAUGGAGGGAGAGGGAUGACGACCGCCCGCGUCGUGACCGAGAGCGCGACCGCAGCAGAGAUUACCGCAAUGGACCUCGACGUGACGAACGAGACGAUCGCAGGGACCGUGUCCGCCAACGCACACGCACUCCGGAGAUCGACGCGUAUGAGGCCGACAGGCGAAAGGCUCAGGCUGACCGCGAGAGGUCAUACCGGAAGGCCUCUUUCGGUCUGACGCCUCCUCCUCCUCGUGGAGUCGACCGAUAUGACGACCGUGAUCGACGUGACGACCGCCGAGAUGAGCGACGACGACCGACCAGAGAUGGCUUUCACGACAAUGAGCGACGUGCUCGGGAAGCAGAGCGUGAGAGAAACUUCAUGUCUCGUGCCGAUCCCCGCGAGAAGAAUAAGACGCUGGACUACGGCGACGACGAUGUUGUUGGUAGUCGGCCCCCAAGCAUUCGCAAGAGACGGGAGAGCGAGACUAGCAUGGCCAGUCGCCGGGAGAGCAAGCGUCCACGCCGCGAAGGAGGCAGAACACGUUCCCCUGAAGCAGAUAGCACUCUGCUCAAGGAAGAACCACCAGCGCUCCAAAGCGGAUCCGAAGAAGGAGAAAUUGAAGAGAUAUAGCGUUGCGCUCCGUCUUGCCCCAGCAGCACAGAUGGAAGCCUACCAUGCCUGGAGUAUCUCGGUCGGACAAGGCUGGGAUGUCUGGACGCAUGGUCGAGGGUUCCGUUUAUGUGAUGCGUCGUCGUUGGUUCAACCAUGUUGCUUCUCAGCUACAUCAUCGCUUGACCCAGAAAUUCAAACUGCAAGCACUGACCAGAAUUCUCUGCAGCUCUGUCUCCACAUGUCGCUCGAGGGCAGCUCGGACAAUCGGCGAGAGAAGCAGACAUGUCAAGGCUCUGCUCUAUUGCGCUACCAUGCACCACCUUUUCAGAACAAUGGACCUCGUUUGGUACUGGAAAAGGCAACUUGUUUCGGCCACGGCCAAACGAGUGACUGUCAUUCGGUACGUUGUAGCAAAAC